GUUUAUUUUUUUCAGACGUCCGUCCGUACCUAACUUCUCAAGUAGUGGAUGCUUGCUCGGAAGCCACUGCAAGGCUGACGCUGCGCUGCCUAAGAAAUAAGGCCAGAUAUAAAUGCUUGCGAACCCUCCAUUGUGAUAUUCUAAGAACCGUUGUAUACCUUUUUGGACGUCUCUAUUUUUUUAAAUUUAUUGUUCUAUUAUUUAAAAUAAAAUGGCCAGUUAUAAGUGUUUAUUUGUAUUCGUAGUAUUAAGUGCUGUGAACGCUAAACCAAAGUUAGCAGUAUUCGGACCACGCACGGAUUAUUUUGCGGAGCCAAAAUAUUCUUUUAAUUAUGGAGUAGCAGAUCCUUCCACGGGUGACGUCAAAUCACAGCACGAGACGAGAGAGGGAGAUGUAGUUAAAGGUCAAUAUUCCCUAGUGGAACCCGACGGCUCAGUGCGAACAGUAGACUACACCGCAGACCCCAUUCGUGGGUUCAAUGCCGUGGUGUCCAAGAAUGCGCCCUCGGUCCACCAGCCUUCAGCGCCCAUAGCGCCGGUCCAAGUCGCGCCGGUCCAACCAAUGAUCCAGUUUGUGGAGAGGCCCGUACCGGUUCCUGUUGAAGUCCCGGUACCGCAGAGUCAGUUCGGGUUACCGCCUAUUACUGGAUUUGGGCCAGUACCUCAAUUUGUGUACCCGACGAGUCCCAAGGCCAUCCCUCCUCUCUCGGACUUCGACGGUUUCGACUGGGAGGCGAAUUUCCCCCGGAAUACGUUACCAGCUGGCUACUUCAUAUAGAAAAUACAAAUUAUUUUCUUUAUUUAUGCCUUUAAAAAAAUAAAUCUAGUAUGUUCAUACUCAGCUACUAUGGCUACUUUUACCGAGAAAAUAAAACACGAUUAUUAAAAAUUAUGUAGUAGCGUAAAUAUAUCUUCGUUUUCGUUUUUAAGAUUUUACAAUUCACUAACUGGUAAAAAAAAACCCGCCUUGUACAUACUUUGUUUGUAUUUAGGUUAAUUAAAUUAUAUAUAUUAAUCCAAUGUUACUUUGAUUGAUAGAUUUUUUUCAAAUUCGAGUUGAGAGGAUCGUGAAUCUAUUACUUUUUGCCUGUUUCAAAACUUUCUGAUAAAGUAAUCUGACAGAUAAAUUGACCGGUAGAUAAAUAAUUAUGAUGUGAUUGGCCAGUUAGCCCUAUAUUAAACUUUUCAAAUAUAGUUUUUAACGUUAUCUGUUCGAUAUGUUACAUAUAACUAUAUAGCUACAUAUAGCUUGUUGUAUCUAUAUAGCUACAUAUAGCUUGUUGUAUCUAUAUAGCUACAUAUAGCUUGUUGUAUGUAUCAGCAAGCGUUGAAACAGUGCCUAAAUAUGAUUGUCACAUAAUUAUGUCACAUGUCAUUUGUGAAAAUUGAAUAUUUGUUAAAAGGCUGAAAACAUCUGUAAAUUAUUAUAAUUAUUAGUUAAAUGAUAAUAUAAAUGAUUAGCUUUAAAAGCGUAGGUAGGUAUACGACAUUGUUAUGUUAAUUAAUGUCAUAUAAAAGACAUCAUAUGAAUAUUGACAAAUAUAACAUUUUAUUGAA